CAAAACGACCUCCUUUUUCUUCUGUUCAUUGCCCUUCCACCGCCUCCCUUAUAUAUUUCUCGCUAAUAUCCCUCGCAUUUUAUUUCAAUGAAACACAAUCUCGUCGUCUGAUUUUUUGAUUUAAAUUCGGAAAGGGGCUGUGCAUCUUUAGACUAAUCGGAUUUCAAUGGCGAGGCCUAAUCAGGAGGCAAUUGAGACGUUCAUUAGCGUCACGGGCUCAUCUGAAGCAAUCGCAGUGCAAAAGCUCGAGGAGCAUGGUGGCAAUCUUAAUGAAGCCAUCAAUGCACAUUUUAGUGGAGACAGCAAUUUGUCAACUAGUACUCAUGGCACUUCUGCUGCUGUUCCACAAGAUGAUUUCAUGGAUAUAGAUAAUCAAAUCAAUGAUGAACUGCGCAGGCCUUUGCCACUUUUUUCUUCAGACAGAAACCUCAACCCAUUUUCUCUUCUUGAUCCAGCUUUUAGUAGAAGUAUGUUUGGUGCGCGUCUUGAUUCAACCAACAACGAUCCAUUUGUUACACAUCCAAGAGAGGUAAGGGAGAUUCCCAUAGAGGUUAAGGAUGGUAAUCAAUCCAAUUCUCAGGCUGGUCAUGCUCCAACCAUUGAAGAUGUCACGGGAACUGUUCAUGCCCAUGGUCCGGAUGUUCAUGGGACUGUCAUAGUUGAUGAUGACGAUGAUGAUAAAAAUACUUCACCUGCCCCUACUGGACGCCAGGAUGAACAGAAAAGGAUGAUGUUGGCUGAUACUUCACGUGACAGAAGUACUAGGCCUAGUGCUCCUGAGCUUGAGAAUGUGCCAGACUAUGGAAAUGACAUAGAAGAGGAAAUGAUACGUGCUGCCAUCGAGGCUUCUAAACGGGAAGCUGAGGAAAAGUACUCAAAUGACAAGUCUGGAACGCAAAGGGAUUUAAUUGAGUCUGGACCUCAGCAAAGGCAGUCUUUCUUGGAGGAUCCUGAACUUGCCCAUGCAGUUUCGUUGUCCCUGAAGAGUGCUGAGCAGGAGAACGCAAGGCGUGUCCAAGGAGGAGAUAUUGCAGAGAUGGUGUCAUCUAAGUCAUCUGAGGUGGAACUUGGAAAAAUAGCAGCAUCAAAUGGAAGAAUGCAGGCAGGAAGCUCUUCCUUUCGAGAUGAAGCUGAAGAUGUAGAGGAGCAACCUCUGGUUAGGAACAGGCCUAGACGUAGGUCAUUGGGCUCCACUGAAUCAGCCAACGAUGUUGAAGUUGUUGAUAUUAGCCCACAGUCGAGCACAGAACAUCAGGAUAGAAAUAAUCAGCAGCAUAAUGGAAGUUCCUUCCAUUCUGAUGAGUGGGGCGGCAUUUCCUCUGAGGAGCAUGACGAAGCAGUAAUGCUUGAAGCUGCUAUGUUUGGUGGAAUCCCUGAAGAGAGCAGGUUUCGCUUUGGCUAUGCACCACAUGAGUUCAUGCAAUCCAGGGGUUCCUAUCCUCGGCCUGCACCUCGCCCACCUUCACCAUCACUGGAAGCUCAGCGCCUGAUAAGAGAGCAGCAGGAUGAUGAAUAUCUUGCAUCAUUACAAGCGGACAGAGAGAAAGAAUUGAAGGCCUUGGAGGAAGCUGAGGCUGCUCGUGAAGAGGAAAAGCGCAGAGAGGAAGAAUCUCGUAGGAAAUUAAGAGAAGAGCAGGAAUUGGAAACACAAUUAGCAGCAAAGGAAGUUUCUUUACCACCAGAACCAUCAUCAGAUGACCAGAAUGCUGUGACAUUGCUGGUAAGAAUGCCAGAUGGCAGUCGUCGAGGACGUCGAUUCCUGAGAUCUGAUAAUCUACAGUCUCUUUUCGACUUUAUAGAUGUUGCCAGGGUGGUGAAACCAGGCACUUACAGACUAGUGAGACCAUAUCCUAGGCGUCCAUUUAGUGAUGGAGAAAGUGCGUCAACACUGAGUGAACUCGGCCUAACCAACAAGCAAGAAGCCCUGUUCCUGGAGUUAAUCUGAUGCCCUGACUCCAUGUUCUUGGAAAACGAACAAUUAAAGUUUAGUUAAGUAUUUAUCAAUUCACACUCCAAUAGGGCAAUUCAAUCUCGGUUUGUGUUGUUAGAAUUUUCAUUAUUCAUCAUGAAAUUCCAGUCAUACAAAAUCAUCUGCAUAGAACCGUGGCCCUUUUUAUCUGUGAGAUGGAUAAUUCUUCAUGGGGAGGAAUAUUGUUCUUUUGUAUAUCCUAUAGAAGCACGUGGUUGGGAUGGAAGAUAGCAUUUUUCGCGCCUUAAAGAAUAUUCCAGGUC